AUGGAUGGCACCCUCAGAUCGUCUGAAAAAGCAUCGAUGAUAAAACUCGUUGCUGAAGGCGUGGAAUGCCCAAACUCCAUUAACAUUGAUCGGAACACUUCGCAACUGAUUAUAGACGGUCAAGCUUUAGUAAACAGCAUAGGGAAACCAGCAACUGCCACUACUUUCGGAGACCUCGCUGCAACAUUCAUUGACGGGGUGGUUCACCUUGAAAGACCGUAUGUCAGAGUCGACAUCCUUUUCGACCGGUAUCAUACCAAGUCAAUCAAAAGUGGGACCCGCUGCAGACGGACCAGGGGAGCUGCUCCAGUCAGAAGAGACAUCACAAGUGCAGCCAUUCCACUGCCAAAAAAUUGGAAGAAUUUUCUAGCACUGGGGGACAACAAGGCCGACCUAGCCCGCUUUCUCUCUCAGGAAGUUCUCCAAUAUGUAUUUAAUGACAUCGAAUUUGUUGUCUCCGGAGGACUCAUACAUGAAGAGGAUGUGCGAUCAACCAACCCCGAAUCCGACGUUAGUUCCCUAGCAGCGACAAAUGAAGAGGCCGAUACACGCGUUGUACUACAUGCUGUCCACUCUGAUGCUGACAACAUCGUCAUCAUGGCCAGGGAUACUGACAUUUGUUUGCUGUUAAUCCAUCACUUCGACAAAAUGACCAGUUCUAACGUGUGGAUGAUGAGUGGAACAGCGAAAGAAAGGAAGUAUCUCCCAAUACAUGAGAUUUGCAACAUUCUCCCUAAUGUGACUGAAGAUGUAUCUAGCGGGGAUGAAGCCAGAUAUCAACUUUUUGGUGUUGUGAAAAAGCCAGAAGCCUUACCUCCAACAAGCGAUGCGCUGCGGCUACACCUCCUAAGAUGCCAUUACCAGGUGAACGUGUGGGAAAAUGCUCAUCAUGCCCGACCGGAGGUGAUGGAUCCUGAGUCAUAUGGGUGGAGACUUCACCAAGACGAGUACAUUCCCAUCCUUAUGACACUUGAGCCCGUUCCCAAAGCUUGCACGGAUAUUUUAACCUAUAAUUGUUUGUCCCACUGCCUGAAAACAAUGUGCACGUGCAAGAAGAAUGGACUGACUUGCACCAAGUUGUGCCACCGCUCUCACCAAUGUCUUAACUCUUCAAAUGCUUGA